CAAGCCAAUAGGAGCCAAUGACACUCGCGGACAGCGUGGUGUGUGUGGUGGUUCAAAUCAAAUGUUCAAAUUUCGUCUUGUACUUAUCACAUUUUUUUUAGUGAACACCUGUAUCGAAUAGUGAAAAGGCAGCAUGCAAGAAACAUCGGGAAGUAACUCUUUCCUGGCUAUUUUAAAGCGAAAAGCUCGCAUUGAACAGUCCAAAUGGGCUCUGCCAUGGGCUUUUCUGAACUUGGUCUUGGCCCUCAUCGUCUACAUAGACAUUGACCAGGGCUCGAUCGCGAGCUACUUCGGGAGCAGCCUUUUGUGGUACAUUGAAUGCUCUUUGGGAGCGGUAUUCCUGAUAAACAGCAUCGUUGAUGUGUUUCGUUACCUGUGGUCGCACGUCUACGAGGCACCCAUAGAUGUGGACGAGAGACAGAAGCAGCUUUUUCGGAUCGACGAUUCCGACGUGGGUUUUCGAAAGAAGUCACCGCCUGCUGCUGUUGUACAGACGUCGACGCCGGUGAAAUGUUCCCCUGGCGAGUCCUUCGUUCUUCAAUCUAGCUGGGCUUCUACCAGCUUCGGUUCCGAUCCAAACGUGAGCUUAAGCAGCAGUUCGUGGAUGUUUCGCCAUAGUAGCCCUCAGCAUCAAGCGAGUGGUUUUUCGUCUCCAGCUUCGGGAGGCAGCCUUCGGAAGCUCUGCCGUCCGAGUGCUUCUUUCUUUGAGUGGAACAUAAGUGACCUCCAGAGUCUCGACCGGUACAUGAAAGAAUGCAGCCAGCUGGAACAGACUUCCCAACUGAUGACAUCCGGUGAAAGCCUCCUCUCGGAAACAUCCGGUUCAAUGUCAGUGUAUCAGUUGUCAACCCGUUCCCCACAAGCAGCCCCACAGACAGAUGAUCCUGAGGCAACCUAUUCAGGGGAUGGGGUAUGGUCCAAAUGGGGGAUCCAGGAAAGACAGCUCAAUCAAUGGGUGGAGAACUUGAGAAAGUGGGUGAGCCAAACAAUCCUGGUGAAGCUUUCGUCAGAAAUUGAUUCCAUAAACAACACGUUGAAGAGGCUGGGAUCAUCCGACCUCCAGAUAGGAGAAGCGAGUCAGUCGACGUUACGUCAGGUCUCUCUGACCAAGAGCCAACACCUGCCCACCUUGAGCGCAUUAUUGCCCUACCUGGAUCUCAAUGCAAACCAGGAAUAUCUUGUACAGAGGAUCAAAGAACUAGCACGAGGAGGAUGCAUGAGUGACUUUCGCUGGAGCAGCGGCAGUCGGUACAAGGGCAAGGCGUGGGGAGACUAUUUACCCACAGAUUGUGCGCUAGUGCUCCACAUCCUGUGCACCUACCUGGAUUCCCGGCUGCCACCGGACCCGAGGUAUCCGGACGGGAAGACGUUCACUUCGCAGUUCUUCAGCAAGACCCCCGAUAAACCUGCUGUAGGCAGCCUCUGCAUCCACCAAUCUGCCAUUUGUCCGCCGCAUUACAGCGUGGUCAUAGCGGAGCAUAUCUGGGAUCUGCCCAAGGGUCGCAACAAUCUCUUCUACGCUAUACUUCUCUUCUUGCAUUACAUCAAGACAAAGAAGGCUGGCAUGCUAGGGAGGGUCAACCUAGGCCUUUCAGGUGUCAACAUUCUAUGGGUCAUCGACUAGAACAUCCGCUACAUUUCUUUUUUUCCUGCAUGCCAAGACUCCAGUGUGGCCAUCCAGAAGAUCAUUUCUCAUCAGUUGCCACGUGAAUCCAACCAAAGUUUCCUUCUACCGACAUUUUAUUUCGCAACGAGACACACUAUUUUUAUGGUCUUUGGUGUUCCACAUAUCGUUGGUAGUUGAAACACAUUCCGUCUUAGCUUCGUUUAAUAAAAGAUAAUCUCGAAUCA